UUCAGAUAUAUUUAUGAACACUUAAUUUCAAAAGAUGUACACAUGUUAGACUUUAAAUAGACCUUCGGUGUUUGUAUGUAAGCCCUACUAAACUAAACAAUAAAGAUUUCUUUCUAAACUAUUUUGCAACAGUCACUGAUCUGACAUUUAAUCUGCAGACCACUUGGACAAGACCGUAAGGAUGUCUUGGCAUAUGAACCAGUUAGCUCAGGACAUCGACACUGAGAAAGCCAACAUCAAAAUAUUAGAAUCUCUGGAGCCUGGUGAUGUAGUGUUCAUUAGACAAUCUGUAAAUGGCCGAUCACAUACACACUGGGCUAUAUACAUUGGUAAAGGCAAUGUCGUCCAUUUAGGCGAAGUGAGAAGGAAUCUUGUUGGAGAGAUUAGAGAAGUUGUGAUUAAAGAGGAAUCACUCUUGUCAGUCUCAAAAUAUCAGCUGGUAGAUGUAUCGUAUCAGAAGCUGUCUCCCUAUGAAGGCUAUGAUGUCAAAUCUUUGCGGGAGUCGGCUGUCAUCAGAGCUAAAUCUGAGUUAGGCAUUAGAAAAUAUGAAUCAAAGUUUGAAAACUGUGAACAUUUUGUUUACUGGUGCAGACAUGGAAUUCUAAAGUCUUUCUUUAGACUUGGUAGCAACGCAAGCAAUGUCAGCCUUAAUCAAAAGGAACUACUUAUGUGCCACAAUUUUCAAGUAUUUACUAACCUGGAACCAGGUGAUAUAGUCAAAAUAUCACGAAACCUGUUCACACACUGGGGAAUCUAUGUUGGUGACGGCAUGCUUGUUCAUGUAACUGUAGGCUCAGGUGGUGGUUCACUGACUCCAAAUGGAAAGCUAGUAACGAACAUAUUUGAUGGUCCUAAAUCGGCCUAUGUAAAAGAAGAACCAUUGAUGGACGUGAUUGAAAACGAUUUUGUUGAACGAGCAAAUAAUGAGGACUCCAGAAAAACAGCCUUGCCUGGACCGAUUGUAGUAAAAAGGGCCAGGUCUAAAUUAGGAUUUAUCCAGUAUCAAACACUUUACAAAAACUGUGAACAUUUUGUGAAUUGGUGUAGAUAUGACAGCAAACAAAGCUCUCAGACUCAAACUGCAGUUCUUGGUCUUGGAGCAGCAUCAGGAUAUGCUGGUUUUCUACUAGCUGGGCCCAUUGGAGCCAUAGCCGCUGCAGGUUUUUCUAUGUACAAACUUUAUCAACAUGCGCAGAAAAACACGCCUGAAGAUGAGGAGGAGGAAAAUUGAACAUACAACAAAAGAUUGUCUUUACU